AUGUUUCCUAGUAUCCAGCCAGGCUUGCGAGUGGAUGGACAACCAGCAGACAAAGGAAGCGAUAACAUCCUAGCUUUUGCCUUUUCCCCAUCAGGAGAUUAUUUUGUCUUGACAGAUGACAACAAACAGCUGAUUCUGUUUCGGACUAAGCCCUCUUGGGAAUGCAUUAGCAUCAGGUCUGUGAAUAGGAGAUGCACUUCACUUGUUAUUACAGCUGCAGAGGAUAAGAUUCUGGUGGCAGACAAAUCUGGUGAUGUCUAUUCGUACUCAAUAACAGAACCACAAGCAGAGGGCAAAUUUGAACUGGGUCACUUGUCCAUGCUACUGGAUGCGGCACUGAGUCCCAAUGACCGUUAUAUCCUAACUGCAGAUAGAGAUGAGAAGAUCAGAGUCAGUUUGACUAAGGCUCCUUACAACAUUGUAUCUUACUGUCUGGGACAUGAAGAGUUUGUAAGCAGAAUAUUUGUAGUACCCAACUAUCCUGAUCUUCUGUUGUCAGCUUCUGGGGAUUGCACUCUAAGACUUUGGAAGUAUGAAACUGGGGAAGAGGUAUACUGCUGUCAGCUGAGCAGCAUCUGUGGGUCUGAGACAACCAAAAUGGAGCAGAAAUAUAUUGUCUCAAGAAUAGCCUACUGCUGUCAAGGAAGUUAUGUUGCCAUACUGUGUGACUGUAUUCCCACAGUCUACAUCUUUCAGCUUGAUGCCGUUGCCCAGCAGCUAGUUUACAGAGAGCAAAUCUCUUUGAAGCAUAAAUGUUGGGACAUUGCAUUUGAGGAAACAGGAGAAAUCUGGAUUCUACAGGAAGACAGUGAAGCCCCUCUUCAGUUGUACAGACCAUGUGAUGGACAGUGGAAGUCUGUAACUGACGAUGAAGAAUUGCAGAGGAUGUCUAAAUAUCUUCUUGACAACUGGACAGCAUUUGAAGGGUUUGUUGGUGCAGAGAGCCACUACAGCAGUCUCUACAAGGCUUCGUUUGAUAACAUGGCUGUCUACCUACAGAGGAAAGAGGAAAGGAUACAGAAGCAGAAAAAGAAAAGGCAGAAUCUGCAACAUGAUGCUAAUGGACAAACCAAAAAAAUCAAAGCAGAAGAAUCAUCACUCUGACACUGUUCGUUGUUGGCUUGUAACUUUUGCCUUGCUGAAAGGAACUGAUUGGGCUGUAGACUGUUUUUAAAUGGAAAAGGAUUAAUGGAAGAAGAUUUGUUUAAACUCAAAUUCAAGUUUUCAGGCAGCCCACUGUGGCAAUAUCCCGCUUGCAGCAGCUAUUUUAUGUACUGUAUGUCUAAGCUUCUAAGAGCGUAAAAAUGUCAGCAUUUCAGUCCUAGGGAUCUCUGAUGCAUGACGUAUUGGUGGUUUUCCCUGAAGCAGGAUUUUCCUUUUGCCUACUGUGUUCAGGCUUGUAUCUUCAGGUGAAAGUGCAGUGACUAAAAUUGACAUAAUAUUUUUUUUCUUUUUUUUUAAAUUCAGUUAGUUAAUGUAACUAGCACAGCAUAACUGGCUAUGGGAAAGGGACUAUUGCAAAAUUCUUGAUGUCUGUGAAAGGUUUUAGCUGAGGCUAAACCAUCUGUUUUUAUCCUUUAUCUUCUGUUUAAUGUGGUCAGACUUCUGCCUGGCUUCAAUUCAAUGCUUCUCUUUGGAGGAAGAAGUGCAGAAAUAGGUUUUACACACUGAAAAGUAAAAGUGAAAAGUGUCAGUCAACUUCAUGCUAUUGGAAGAUUCUUCUGUUGCAAUAUGAUUCCAGUCUGUCUCUGAAGAUGAUUUGAAAGGCCUGUGAGCAAUGCUUGGGAGUGUGUUCUGCUUCAUUCAACAAGAACUCUUUCAUGUUGCAAUUAGCCAAGAGGCACAUCUUUUUGAAAAGUUAUCAGUGAAAGCCUUCAGGGGUCAAUUGCUGCUUCAUCACAGGGCAGAAGAUAUGUGUUCAUCUACCAGAUGGCAUCCUGGCUGUAUGAAAUACUUCAGCUGAGACUGUAAAAUCCAGGUGUUGAUAUCUGUACAGUUCAUUAAAGACACUCAGAAUUAGCCUUUGAAUCAUAA